AUGAGUGACGAUCCGCGGACUCCUUGCAAGUUGCCGCACCUGGUCUGGAUAGGGUUACAGGGGGUGAAAGGGCAAAGAGAAUGGUCAGAUGGAUCUCCUGACGAUUAUAUACCUGCCGAAGGAAAUCAUUAUCUUUACUGGGCGUUUUGCCAUGAUGUGAUCGGAGAUCCAGAACAAAAGAAGAUUACUUUAUAUUUAUUCCCACCGGCUCUCUGGGCAUCGAAAAUGGCACAUUAUAUUUACCGGGAAAAGGAAACAAUUGAAUAUCAUUCACAGCCACAGACAUGGUUCUGCAAUUUAGCAUCAAGUCGAAACCAGUUCCAACUAGUUCACAAUGAUGGUGAUCGAUUGAUGAUGAGAAGCGAAUUGCAGAAAGCUUUUGAUGUAGCCAAUGUGCCAAAACGUUUUGCUGAUCAGGUUCUUUUUCACAUUGUCUACUCGGAUACAUCACACUCAAAUCAUGACGAGACUCGCACCAAACAAUUGAAAGUCGAUAUGGAACAAAGUCCUCAAACAAUGGAAUAUUUCAAUGCUAUCUAUUACAAGGAUUUUGAGUUGCUUGGUUAU